UAUUUCAAAUAUCAAGGUCGAUUUGGUCUUGGAAUGACAGAAGACAAACCACAAUCUCUCAGCAUCCUUCUUGCUAAUGUCAAUCCAAAAAACUAUAAAGUUAAAAAUAACAAAAACUAUUACUUCUUUCUCUUAUCUACACAACCUGCACUUAAAACCUCUAUGAAAAUUUCUCUAACUAUUUCAAAAAAAAAAUUCAUUGGAAUUUCUGAAGAACUUCCUCAAUCACCUGCUCCUCAAAUCAUUCCUAAAAUUCUUUUUUUCAAUUUCUCUUCACAACCAAAUCCAAAUCUCAAAAUUACUCCUUAUUCUCAACAUACACACUACUGCAUGAUUU